CCAAAGUCGACGCUUUGGUCGUCGUACUCUCCCACUCUCUUUCAUUUUUCAUUCUCACGGCCCUAGCGGUCUGAUACGAAACUCGACUCGAAGACCUCUGGCAGGCAACUUCGAUCUUGACGAUCUUGACGAUCUUGACGCAUUGACAGAUUACUUGACGCUUUCCUCCCACUCACUGCUUCUUCUUUUCUCCAUAAGAUAGACUUGAACAAUACCAUGUCGCUCCUAUCGAUCUCUCCAACUCUCGGAUCUCGAAGAUCUAUGGCUCCCGAUGGAUUCUUUCGCCGUUCGCCCCCCACCAAGCCCUUCCUUCUCCGAGGUGACCGCAUGAGAUGCGUGACCAUUGCAGCUGCCCCGCAGAAGGUCGAAAUAUUCAACAAGGUCAGCAACGACCCUUUGACGCUCUACGACAUGCGCAAAUUGACUUCACAAAAUGUCGUCAGAAGGCGUAUCGUGUCCAUGGGGGAGCACCUCUCCCCGCGCGGCAGUCACGUCGCCUUUGACGACGAAUACGAACAAGCUGCCGUCCGGAGGGCCAGUCAGAUGGUCCUCGAUGCGCUUUAUGACUCCAGUCCCGACAGCUCUCCACCCUGCACUCCCAAUGAUGUUUACGGCAAGAAGCAGGAUGCCUGGCAAUUUCCCCUGCCACCAGCCUCGAUGUCGAACACAGCCUCAAAGAGCCAAGAGCCACCCGCUUUGAAUCUCUGCCACGACAUCCUGCCUGGCUUAGGCUUCGAAGGCCUCGAGAACUUCACGUUCGCCGAGUCUACGGUCGAAGUAGGCUGUCCAGUAUCGCCUCCUGCCCAAAACACUCCGCAGAGCUUCAACGGCCAAUACGACUCAGACACGGCUCCCAGCUCGCAUUGGUCUCCCUCUACUUGUGCUGGAUCAGUUUGUGAAAGUCAGGGAGAAGCCGAUGAGGAGCUCAGCUUCACUGAACCGCUGGCCAUCCGUAAGCCCGGCGGAAGGCAGAGCGUAAUGGCAGAUAAUGGCGAAGGCCUCAGACAGUAUGAGGAAGAGCAGGACGACUACUUGAGACCUUUCCCCGCAACGGCGGAGGGCGACGACGCCAAGCUGGAGCGUUUGCGGUCCAGCUAUUCUCUUCUGGGAAUGAUGUCUGAGGCUUACACUGAGCAAGAGCAGGAGGUUGAGCAAACUGAGCAAGGUGACGAGGAAGAACGGUCGCCUGCUCAAGAGAUCAAUCUCAGGCUCCUCCUCUCGCCAGAGCACGCUGCUCCUUCUCUUGCCGAGCAACUAGCAUUUGCGUGCGGCAAUGGCUACCAAUACCACGACCGUUUGCACCGUGAUAGUGCAGGGGAGUACCUCAUGACUCAGUCGCUCUCUCCUUUGAUGAUGACUCCUGCUCAGCUCGGCUCACUCGACCCUUUCAAUGGCCUGCAAGCCGAAUUUGGAGACAGCUGGAGCGAGGUUGACCACGAGAGCCGCACCCCAGCUGCAGACGCCGCCGGCAAUCUUUCAAGAGGGCCCUCGACUCGAAGUGCACACCACCGCAUGUCAGUCAUCUCCAACACGUCGCCCAUUAUGAGUGGACACAUGGCAGCAAUGGCUUUCAUGCAUCGCAGCAAGUCCCACGUUGGCCACUUUGAGCCUUCCGCUGCAUCUUCCUUGACUGUUCCAAAGAAGCAAGACAUCAACGGGUCUCUCCUACUGAGCCCUUUGUCGCUACAGUGUGGCAAGCCCCUGGCCCUUUCAUUUGCCAAUUCGCCUGCACCGCAAAACCUUGAGGAGUUCAGCUAUCUGACUCUGAUGGACCAUGCCCAAGAGGUGGAAAGUCCACUGCAGAUGGAGAUGUCACAAAGCCCUCUGGAGACCCCACAAGCCCUCGACGAGGCUUCAGCAACCGCGACUGCCGAGGUCGCAUCGCUUCGAGCAAAGACCACUAGGCUGUCCAGCACUGCAAGCAUGGGUGACAUCCUUUCUCCCGCAUUCAGCGACUUCAGCAGUGCUUUCCCAGUCUCUGUCACCUGCAGCAAGAUGACGCGCUCCUCGACCUCUACCUCAAUCCUCGAUCGUGGGCGCCCGGUCCGACCGUCGAGCGGUACCGGCUUCCUGGGCCAACGCGAAGAGAAGAUCCAGAUAAUCAAGCUCAAGACGGGCCUAAGCAGCGCGGCCGCCGCCAAGCUUGCCGAUGGUCCACCUGCUAGACCACCUAGGCCCGCUCGAGCUGCCUCAGGCAAUCACAGUGCCGUUGGUGCAUGCGCUGCGCAGGCACAAGCGACGAGUGCCGCUGAGAGCGUCAAGAGGGAGUGGGUCGAGAAGAAUAGCACCUCCGCUAGCACUGGUGUUCCCUGCAAAGCCCACACGGCAGUCGCUAUGGCGAAGCAAGACAGUCGUACUCCCAGCGUCCACUUCCACAUCCCAUCAAGCUCCUCCAUCCAAAUCGCCAAGCAUGUCCGCGUCGUCUCCUCAUCCACGUCUCGAGGCGUGCCCAUGACCAUGACUCGCUCCACCAGUCGUCCUGGCACCUAUGACUUUCAUCCCACUGACCCUACAAACGCCCAGCCAGCGGGUGUAAAGAGGUUGAGCUCACAGGCUGCUGCUGCUCUGAAGGAAGCGAAGCUCGAAGCAGAGCAAGCGGCGGCGGCAGCGGCGCAGCAGAUGAAAGUGGCUCCCCGACCUGCCAUGCCAGGUGGCACGCAGAGUGCGGAGGAAGUUCGCCGCAGUGGCAAGGAGAGCAAGAACCAGUCCUCCUCUGAAGCAUCCAAGCCCUUCCAAGCGCCCCCGAUGCCAGAGCGAAGCACCUCUGCUCCUCCUCCCCCUUCCACAGACGCUCCUCGAGCUGUCGCUCCCACCCCUGCUCGCCCCGCUCGCCCACUCAAAGCAGCAGACCGCCCAGGCAGAGGUCUUCCCACCUCCUACUCCCUCCCCACCCUUUUCACAGCCCGAACCGUCUCACAACGCUACCGCGGCGAGACUGGUCUUCCCGAAACACAAGCUACCUUAGCCGCAGCAGCAGGAGCUGCAGCUCGAGCGAAUAGGAAGAGUUCCUCACCCCUGGGGAGACUGUUGACGGAGAGUGGUGUCAAGGUUGCUGCUGCCGGUGCCGGUGCAGGGAUUAGACCCAGAAGGUGGGGAAUGGUAAAAGCUUUGAGUCCUGAGGAGAGGAGGAAUAGCGCCGUUGCGCUGGAUACACCUGGUGGGUGUGUGCUUAUCCUUGAAGAGGAGACGGUGGUUAAGGAGGUUGCCGCUGCUGCUUGAAGAGCCUUGGGAGGACAAAGAAAAGGGAUCGAUGUAACAGUAUCGAAGAGAAGGAAGGAAUGAGAGGGGAAGGCUACGCAAUCGAGCCAAAUAGAGUCAAAGCAGUCAAGUCUAAUGUCAAUCACGUCGUAUCGCAGUCGCAAAUUUCUUUUUGUAUAACGUCAAUGCCAUACCACCUUCACCAACUUCUC